AUGAAACUGAUUGAUUCCGUCGUGCGGAGUUUCAAGGUUGCGAAGGUAUUCCGCGAGAACACCGAUAAAAUUAAUUCCCUCAACUUUACUGCCAAUGGCGAGAUGCUCAUCUCGUGCAGUGAAGACGAUCAGAUUGUACUGUAUGAUUGCGAGAAAGGCACGCAGAUUCGAACGGUUAACUCCAAGAAGUACGGAGUAGAUCAAAUUCAUUUUACACACACCAACAACAUGGCGAUACACAGUUCGACAAAGGUGGACGACACUAUCCGGUACCUGAGCCUGCAUGACAAUAAAUACCUGCGAUACUUUCCCGGACACACCAAGAAGGUUAUCUCGCUGAAUGUGUCCCCGGUGGAGGAUACUUUCCUGUCCGGUUCGCUCGAUCAAACGCUCCGGCUGUGGGACCUCCGUUCGCCCAACUGCCAGGGGGUAAUACAGCUGAACGGACGACCUGUUGCAGCUUACGAUCCGGAGGGUCUCAUCUUUGCGGCCGGUGUCAACUCGGAAUGCAUUAAGCUGUACGAUCUUCGAUCGUUCGAUAAAGGACCAUUCGUUACUUUCAAACUUAACCAGGAGAAGCAGUGUGACUGGAUAGGGUUGAAAUUUUCAAGGGAUGGCAAGACGAUCCUUAUCAGUACGAAUGGGUCAAUAAUACGACUGAUCGAUGCAUUUCAUGGAACGCCUUUACAGACUUUCACUGGACUUUUCAACAACAAGGGAACUCCCAUUGAAGCUUCUUUCAGUCCGGACUCACAGUUUGUAUUUUCCGGCAGCACAGAUGGUCGAGUGCAUGUGUGGCAUGCCGACACCGGGUAUAAAAUUUGUGUCCUUAAUGGCGAUCAUUCUGGUCCGGUGCAAUGCGUGAAGUUUAAUCCCAAGUUUAUGAUGCUGGCGUCCGCUUGCACUAACAUGGCAUUUUGGCUUCCGACAAGUGACGACUUUUAG